AGCAGCAGCAGCAGCAGCCUCUCUCUGCCCCAACCCCAUGCAAGCAGCUGGACCUGUCUUUUGCUGAAGACUGGCUUUUACAAAAUGCUUCCCAGUCAUUCCCGGGUGCCCUGGAAUUUGCUCCUGCUGCUUUUGGGUUCAUUGCUCCCUGCUGGUCUACCCGCUCAGGUCAUAGAAGAAAGAGGGUCAAAGGAGCACCUUGAUCUCACCGAACUAAUAGGAGUCCCACUGCCACCUUCUGUCUCCUUCAUUACCGGUUAUGGAGGGUUUCCAGCAUACAGUUUUGGACCAGAGGCAAACAUUGGCCGCCUGACAAGGACUCUGAUACCUCAACCGUUCUACAGAGAUUUUGCUAUCGCCGUCACCGUCAAACCAAACAGCGACCGUGGAGGUGUCUUGUUCGCUGUAACGGAUGCCUUCCAGAAGACAAUUUACCUGGGAGCCAGACUAUCGCCUGUGGAUGACAGCACUCAGAGAAUAAUUAUGUACUACACUGAACCAGGUUCUCACAUAUCCCGAGAAGCUGCUUCGUUUAAAGUCCCAGUGAUGACCAACAAAUGGAACCGCUUUACAAUAGCCGUACAGGGCAAUGACAUUACAUUGUUUAUGGACUGCGAGGAAUAUCACAGGGUGCAGUUUCAGAGAUCAGACCAGCCCCUGCUCUUUGAAUCGAGCUCAGGAAUAUUUGUUGGCAACGCUGGAGCGACGGGACUGGAAAGAUUCACUGUAAGUACACCAUGUAGUAAAUGCGUGGAUUAUUCUGCAGCUAGUCUAUCACAGCGGUUCUGCAGGAGAGAGGUUUGGUCCGUGGCUUUCGGGGCCAGCCCAAGACAUGCCCAAGGGAAAGGGCAAGAUGGCAGCACCGCCACCCCAUUCCACAUACAGAAGCUGACUGUACUGGCACUGGUAUUGGGACAGCUUCAUCCGCUGCACCAAUAG